AUGUUUUUAAAAGCAGUUGCACAUUUCAAACGUCGUUGUUACAAAAACGGCGAAUCAUCACCUAUAACGACGAAUGGUACCUCAGCAAAGGGAUCUACGAUCCAAAGCGAUGAUAAUGAUGGCGGUAGUUUGCAUUCACUAGUGUAUUCACAUUCAAACCCAUCUUUUUCAUUGGAGCAACGAUGCUUUGAAAGUUUACCAUCGAGUAUCAUUUGCAAAAUAUUCAUCUUGGCAGGACCAGGAAACAAUUUACCACUCGUUAAUCGUAAUCUUUAUGAAACUUUACAAUUUUCUGGAGAAGGAAUUAGCAAUAUCCGUAGUCGUUGCAGCUCCAACAGCAGCGCGCAAAUGGGAAGAGAUGGUAUUAUGUCAAGCAGGGGAGAGACUACAGAUGGAAUAUGGUCUCCGGGUACACACAAAGUACAAACUACAGCAUCAGAAGAGCCUAGACUAUGGCACAAUUACUCGCUCGUGAUAGAAAUGGUCAAAUCUUAUUUUUUAUACGACUUAAACACAAAGAUUGACGAGCAGAUUAUAGAAAAGAAGUUAAAUUUUUACGCAAAGAAAAUCAAAAGCUUGCCGACUUUGUAUGUCGAAUGUGAACGUAGUGGGUACUACGAGAAAACCAUCAAAAAUCUAGACAUUUUAUCUACCAAAUGGCAGAGAUACAAAAGCUUUGCUGGAAGAUUUGUACUAGAGGAAUCCCUUCUUAAUUACAAAUUUCUUUCAAGAAAACUAUUACAAACAUUCACUGCACAAACUUUUGAAAGUACUCGAUACAAGCGGUCGAGCCAAGAAGAUCUAUCCGAGUUGCUUCGAUUCAAAUCUAGAGAUGAAAUUGAACUAAAUACAUGGCUUCGUCCUCAGUUUCUAAAAUUCAAGUUUGAAGAACUCGAUAUGUUGCUUGCAAAGACCGAGUCUGAAUUGAAUAGUAAUCAUUUUGAAGAUGUUUCACAACUUAGAACUUUCGAUAGAUAUUUUGAUAUGCUUGCAAAUACCAGAGCAGUACUUGAUGGCAGCAACAGCACCAACAGCACCAACAGCAGCAGCAACAACAGCAACAGUAGCAGCACCAACAACAGUAAUAACAACAACAACAACAACAACAACAGCGAUAGCUCAUCGUUCUUUUCAUUUGAAGAAGAAAAUCCACCCAUUUUGUUACUGGAAGCUGUAGAUUUUGUAGACGAUGCAUUUGAAGCAAAUGAAAAAAAUUACUACAACUUUGAGUUUGGCUAUAACUUUGGACGAACUUUUUUUGGAGAAACGCCUACAUAUCGAAAAAGAUGCCAAUUACCUAGGAAAAUGUAUUUAAACUCGAUAAAGUCUUUGCGUGCUUUUGAAGUAUUGGAAAGCUUGACGUAUUUCAUUCCCAAUAUAUCCACUCAGUCAGAUUCAAUCAUUCAAGAGAUUCUUCAAUCAUUAUAUCCCAGUAACAUGGAUUUUCAAUUGCAUGUUCCAUUCUUGAGCGUGGUGAUUUUGAUCUUGCAGGAUGGUGGUGCACCUGGUGAUUCACCAACAACGCUAAUUAAUUCCUUACUCGAAGCAUUUAGUCUAUACCACUUGUAUACUACCCUCCCCAUUGAGGAUUAUGGUGUUACAUCAAAGGGUCAAAAUAUGUUGGAGAACCUUUAUGACGGAAUCAAGUACAUGUGUUUGUACCUUCUUGGUGCGGAGCACGACGAAGUAUUAAGAGAUCACAAGAGACAGCUAUGGGCUUUGUCCCUAAAGUUGAAAAAUUACGACUUGUCGAACUUAUUAUCAAAGUUUGCACCAAACCCGGAUUUAGAUAUUUUAAGCCAACACUAUUAA